GGGCUGCAUGAUGCCUUGGAAGAUUGUUAUUUAUUAUUAAAUGAUUUUGUGAACGUGGGUAAACAUUAAAUGGAAAGAAGUCCAAUCAGAGAUAAAUGUAUUAAUUGAAAGAAGAAAGUUGCCUAAUUUAGUGGAUCGCAUUUUGCCUUCGCCAGCAGAUAGGCAGCAGGUGGCAUUGUCAUCACAGAGUAGAAACAAAAUGGAUGGAGCUGCUUCUUCGCCCCAAAUAUGUCUCUAACUCUUGCGCUUCUUUAGCCAACUGUCUGUCAUCCAUGAAGAUGAGAAUCUCUCUUUUCAUGUGCUUUAUUAUCAACAAUGACGGGAUAGUUAGUUUUUGCUCACUUCUUUCCAUCCUCGUAAUUGCCUAGAUAAUAUAGAUUGUGUUGGAGGCGAAUGUUAGUUGAUAGAAGGAGGGAGAAGGGAGGGAAGGAAGAAAGGGCUGGAAUGAAUGGAUUGGAAGAGCUUAUACUCAGGCUGUUGGAAGCAAGGAGUAAUAGAGGGAAACGCAUCCAGCUGACUGAACCUGAAAUACGCCAACUCUGUGUCACCGCCAAGCAAGUCUUUCUUGCACAACCUGUUCUUCUUGAAUUAGAAGCUCCCAUCAAUAUCUGUGGUGAUAUACAUGGCCAAUAUCCAGAUCUCUUGCGAUUGUUUGAGUAUGGUGGGUUUCCACCAGAUUCCAAUUAUCUAUUUCUUGGAGACUAUGUAGAUAGAGGAAAACAAAGUAUAGAGACUAUAUGCCUUCUCCUAGCCUACAAGAUCAAGUUCCCAGACAACUUUUUCCUUCUUCGAGGGAACCAUGAGUGUGCUUCUAUCAACAGAAUAUAUGGAUUUUAUGAUGAGUGCAAGCGUCGUUUCAGUGUCCGUCUAUGGAAGAUUUUCACAGACUGCUUCAAUUGUUUACCGGUGGCUGCAGUUGUCGAUGACAAAAUCCUAUGCAUGCAUGGUGGACUCUCACCAGAAAUGGAUAACUUGGAUCAGAUCAGAGCUAUAGAAAGGCCAGCAGAUGUGCCAGACCAGGGUAUUCUGUGUGACCUCCUUUGGGCAGAUCCUGAUAGAAACAUCAAUGGCUGGGGUGAUAAUGAUAGGGGUGUCUCCUACACCUUUGGAGCCGAUAAGGUCGCUGAGUUCUUAAAGAAACAUGACCUCGAUCUCAUAUGCCGAGCUCACCAGGUUGUUGAGGAUGGCUAUGAAUUCUUCGCAGACAGACAGCAGGAUACCAUAUUCUCAGCACCAAACUACUGUGGAGAGUUCAACAAUGCAGGUGCAUUUAUGUGGGUUGAUGCGAGUUUGCUCUGCUCGUUUCAGAUUCUGAAGCCAUGGAGAGGUAGAGAAGAGCAUCCUGAAUAGUUCGCAAGUGAAGGUGGGGAAAUGUCAGAAGCCCAACGAAGGAGGAGAUAUCUAUCAUCAUCCACUACAGACUUUCUGGCCAGUACUAUGCCUCUACUCUCAUUGUACAGAUUCAGCUUCAAAAUGAAACAAACUUUGGCGUCCUCCCAUGAGUAAUAUCCAUGCUGACUGCGUCACUAGCUAUCAAAUAGAAAUGUACAUAAAAUCUCCUCCAUGCGACUGCUUCAUACUGCGUCCUGCAUGUAUGGAUCUUCUUGAGUUUGCCGGCGAGGGCACCAACCCUAAGAUACAUAGUUCGCAUCCAUAUUCGAUAGUAGAAAAUGGAUAAUAACUUAAACCGUCACUCUUUUUUUUUUUUUUAAGAAGUUAGAUACAUCCAAA